AUGAGUUCUACUAAUUGUGAAGAUAUAAAAGACCUCGAAAAGAAAAAUAAAUGUAUUAGGAAUAAACUAACUUGGUGUGAAGAAUUAACAGAAACUGAAAAGAGACAUCAGUGUUUUAGGAAGAAAUGCUUCAGAGAAGUAUAUGAUUACAACGCGCGAGCAAUUAUUAAAACAAGAUUACCCUUCUCAUUUCCCGUAAUUAAUUAUUACGCUAUUCGUCGACGAAGUAAGGGCACUGAAGCGUAUGAAGCCAUUUUGAAGUCUUAUUACAGAUGGGUGAUGUUCUCGGAACUCGCGUUUGAUUUGUAUGGUUAUUUGACCCUUUUUGAUAGUGGGAAUUAUGUGUGUGCUGAUGCAUGCGAAAAAGAAGUCAAGUUUGGAUACUACACUGAUGUAGAUGACGAGAAUUUUUUGUACUUAGUUGCUACUUUAGAAUCUGGAAAUUUACAAGCUUGGAUUAUAGACACUGAUGACAAUGUUAUUCCAAUUAAUACUAAGCCAAUUGAAAACUCAAAAGCUAAAUAUAAAAAUUUAUGUUAUGGGACAGCGAGAAAUUUUUAUUUAUCAAAUAAACUUGUAAUAAACAAACUCAUAAUAGAACAUGAAAAAAUGGAGUUUACAAGUUCCUUCGAAUUACCGAAAGAAGAGGAUGACUCUAAGAAAAGUUCUGAAGGGAUGAUAAAAUAUUCUGACGAAAUUAUUGCUUUGGAUUCAAAUGAUAUGAAUAUUUAUGCAGUGACCUGUCGCGUGGAUAAAAAUGCAGAUUCUAAAAUAGAGCAACUUUUUUUAGAGCGGUAUGUUUGUGAAGACUUUUUGCUAAUUUGUACCGAGGGAGGUAUAACGUGUGAUCGUAAAUUUUAUUACGAACCGCUGCCCACAGAAUUUGACUCUACCACUAAAGUUUAUUUGACUAUGGAAGAUUUUAUUAUUUGUACUUGUGGUAAAUAUAUUGCCGUUUAUGAUGAACCAUUAAAUGAAUGGAUAGUUGUUGAGUUAAUUAAUGAUGAUCAAUAUGUAACAACAUUAAUUGUCCACGUAAAUUUACUUCUCGUUGGCUUUAAUACUGGAGACAUUUAUGGAUAUGACGUUAGUCGUACUCAAUCUUUGAUGAAGCCAAACUUUUUAAAUGGACCCAAGUUCAAAAUAAUAGGCACUAUAGAUCCUAUUAUUGCCUUUAAAGUUUUUGAACGGCAAUUCGAUAAAUAUGAUUUUGAAACGAACAAUUUUCCUAAAGAUGAGAAGAAAUACGAUUUUUAUCCAUAUAUAUUAGUAAUGACUACGAAAAACGCUUACCUUUUUCGAUAUACUAAUACACGUCGUUUAACAGAUAAUGACCAUUAUUUUAGUCUUUACAGAAGAAGUAGCGAAACACUUCCUAAAAUUACAAGAUGUGACAUUCAUAAAGAUGAUCAAUAUACUUACGUAGAUAAGUGA